AGUUUGGACUAUUUACUACAACUAUAGGCGGGUUUUAAUCCCCAAAACAAGCGACUGGAUCAAAAAAAGACGGAAUUAUACUGUAAGCUGCUGCAGAGCUCGUGUUCGGGGGUAACGUAAAGGAGCCAGCCAUGCCUUUAUCUAGAGGGAAGAAACCCACAACAACCGCAGGAAGCAAGAUACCCAAGCUGGGUGCAGCAUCCACCGAGAACCAGGAUGAAGGCCCACAGGUGAAGAGGUCCUCCUCGCCUCCUCAUGGAGCUCCAAAGAAGAGGACUGCGUUCAUAGACAUCACCAAUGCUCAUAAGGUUCAGAUCAGCAUUCCAGGGAGGAAGAAGGAUGCAGGGAAGAAGGCUGCAAAGAAAACCGGCUCCAUAUCGGUGUCUGCAAAGAAUCAGGCCAACCUGAAAAAGUCGUCUUCUGUGAGCUCAGAGGAAACGACAACCGAGAGGGAAAAGACUGAUACGGAGGAGGAGAGGGAAGAGCAGAAGGAUGUGGCGGCUCCAGUAGAACAGCUGGAGGAUGCUGCGCCCCCUGCUGCCCGCGAAGUGCCAGCACACCUUCAGAAACAGCUGAUCCCGAAGGAGUUUGACAUUGACUCUGAGAACUCCGAGGACAGUUACAUGUGUCCAGAGUAUGCAAAGGACAUCUUUGACUACCUCAAACAGAGAGAGGAGAAGUUUGUCCUCUGUGACUACAUGCCCAAACAGCCCAGCCUCAACCCGGAGAUGAGGGCGAUCCUGAUCGACUGGCUGGUGGAAGUGCAGGAGAACUUUGAGCUGUACCACGAGACCCUCUACCUGGCUGUUAAGAUGACAGACCACUUCCUGUCGAAAACGCCCGUCCACAGGGAGAUGCUGCAGCUCGUCGGCUCCACCACCAUGCUCAUCGCCUCCAAGUUUGAGGAGCGCAGCCCGCCCUGCGUCGACGACUUCCUGUACAUCUGCGAUGACGCCUACAAGAGGGAGGAGCUCAUCUCCAUGGAGGCCAACAUCCUGCAGACGCUGUCGUUCGACAUCAACAUCCCCAUCCCUUACCGGUUCCUCAGACGCUAUGCCAAGUGUGUGAGCGCCGGCAUGGACACGCUGACUCUGGCUCGCUACUUCUGCGAGAUGAGCCUCAUGGAGAUGGACCUGGUGCCCGAGAGAGGAUCGCUGCUGGCCUCGGCCUGCCUGCUGAUGGCGCUGGUCACCAAAGACCUGGGCGGAUGGUCUCCCAUCCUGCAGUUCCACUCCGGCUACCAGACGUCGGAUUUGGCACCGGUCGUCAGGAAGCUCUACGUGAUGCUCUUGGCUCCUCCUGACGAUAAGCUGAGAGCCAUCAGGAACAAAUACUCCCAUAAGGUGUUCUUUGAAGUCGCGUCGCUGCCUCUGGUCAACGUCGACGUCCUGGAGAACGCCUUGACCGCUCAGUGAGGCGUCGGCGCCAGAAAAUGGUAAAAAACAAAAAAGAGAGAGAGAGAAGUCUAAAUCGAGUGAAAAUAUUAAAAUUUCUCUUCGACGAACCUGUACAUAAUUUGUUAAUAUGUUUAAUAUUUAUAUGUGUAGCCUAGCGUGUCGUUAUAUAUAAACAUUUAUUCCAGUUCGAUGGAAAAGAGUUUUAAUGUGGGCAUUUGUUGUUGUUCAGAUCCUGUAGUGUUACAUUUCUGUGCACCGUUUGGCAUUUAUUUUUAUAAGUUUUUAUAAGAAGUUGAAAGAAAAAAACAAAAUCCUAAUUCAUUAGUAUUUGUAAGCCCCUUUGUGUGUCCAUGUGUGUGUAUGUGUGUAGUGCACAAUUUAAAAAGUCUGUUGGCAAAUGCUUACUUUUACUAAUGAACUAUGCAGCGGCCCACAGGUUUUAUAGGAGUUCUUGUUAGCAGGAAUGCAUGUGUGUGUGUUUCAUACGUUGUACAGUGUUUAUCAUGUUAAUAUCACAAUGCUAAUUAUUUGUAUAAAAGACGACCGGAUGAUGCUUCUUUUGAACGGCUGUCAUGGGUACUCUUAAAAUAAAGACGUGUUUUUUUUUCUUUUUCUGUUCAAA